CCCUACCAGCAACCAAUUCAAGAGCGAUUCCAAUCCUCUCAAGUAGCAGUGCAACGUAGGAAAUUUGCGAAAAUACUACAAGGUUCGAGCGCCCCUGCAAGUCGAACGUGCAAGAACACGAUAAUCAUCAUUGUUGAUCCGUGCAACUCAGCGAUUGAUUAUAACACCAGACAUGAAUCGUCACGACGACGCGAAAAAAGAGCUCAAGCGACUGAAAUCAGCGUUACCUGCUCUGCCGUCUCCGGAUAA